CAAAUCAAUUUUGACAUUGAUAAGACAAAUAAGAUGACAAUUACUAUAUAGUAAAUUUUUAAAGUAUUUCACAGCUACACAAAAUUAUUAAUUAAAAAAUGGACGAAACAAAUACACCAUUGGAUUAUCACAUAAGAGUAAAACCUAACAGUUGGUUGAAUAAUGAAUGGACCUGGGUAAUAUUAAAAUUUUUAACUAAAGUUGCACUGGAUUUAUUGUUGGUUAAAUCCGAAGCAGUACUUGAAUUUGUAUUCAUUGAUUACAAUGAUUUGAUUGAAGCAUGCAACACAAUUGAAAAUUUUGUGAAGAACUACACCGUCGAUAUUUUUUACAGUUAUUUGUAAAUAUUGGGUAGGAGAAAGUCACCCAGAGCUAAUAAACUAGUUUGUAAAACAGGUGAAGAUGUCACCAUCCAAAGAAUAAAGACUGGACAAUUGCAGAAUGUAACUGCAGAAGACAUAGAGGAGCUAAUUAGAAAAGAACAACAGGACUGCGACUUAUUCUCAAAUUGCAACAGCUUGUAUGUACCCCAAGACCCCGGCAACUUCAGCGCAAAGAAAAAGCUGAAUGACAUCACUGCAACAAGGUUCACCAGUCAUGCUGCAACUGCAUAUUUAACGGCUGGAUCACUCGUUCCAGUAUCGUCUGACGAACCCCAUCUAGAAAACACCCCGGAACAAAUCUCGAAGUUCAUGUUCAUGACUGAAAACGUCGCGGAUCCCACCAUCGAGCCCCUCGUACAUUUUAACACCCUUUUCGAACCAGCCAAGUACGGGGAAAUGCUGAACAUGAGUCCCGUAUCAGACGGACACUUCCAAGACGUGGUCGUACCGCUGGAUCGGCCCGAGAGACUGCCGACCGAAUUGCAGACCCUAGAAGUCCGGCAUGUAUCUGGGGAACUGAAAAAGUCCUUGGAAAGUAAGGCGCAAUGCAUGCCGAAGGACAACAUCGUCAAGGAUCUCAACGUGAAUUUUAGCGUAGAUUCUAAUAAAAUUCAAUCGGCCCUUAACUAUGAAGACUUAGAGGAGAUUAACGAGUGUUGCUGCCUUAUCAAAGAGUUGAUACCGGCCAUGCAAGCGAUUGGUGCGGAACCUCAGUGUGUGUUGGAGCCUGCAGAUGUAAAAGACGAAGAAACUAAAAAGGAAACCAUAAAGAAAGGAAUACAGUACUUUAUCGAGACCCCGAUCCCCGCACGUGUAUCAAAAGUCAGAACAAGGGGGAGUGAUACUCCUCAUUUUUUUCCAGGUUUCGUAUACGCUGAUCCCAACCACGAGGAACCCAUUCGAAUUGCGAAAAGUCCCAGCGAGGUCUUCCGGAACGGUUGGAAAUUUUGUAAUCCUAAGAACUUUGACGAAUGUUCGAUUGUACAUUUACAGAAGAAAAAGGGAAAGGACAACUAAUCAUAGCAUUUAAUCAUAUCAUCGUAUUCAUUAAUCAAUAAAAAGUCGUAUCAUC